AAUGUAACAUCAAUUAACGUGUAUAAAUGAAGCAAUCUAAUGGAAAAUAGUUAUAAUGCCGAUGCAAUAAAAAUCUUAAGGGGUCUUGAUGCUGUAAGGAAACGUCCAGGUAUGUACAUUGGUGACACUGACGAUGGAUCUGGCUUGCACCACAUGGUAUAUGAGGUUGUUGACAACGCAAUAGAUGAAUCUUUAGCUGGAUAUUGUGAUAAAAUUGAAGUUAGCAUAAAUAAAGAUGGUUCAGUAUCUGUAACUGAUAAUGGUCGUGGCAUUCCAACUGACCUUCAUGAAGAAGAAGGAAUAUCAGCAGCAGAGGUAAUAAUGACUCAACUCCAUGCUGGUGGUAAAUUUGACAGUAAUACCUAUAAAGUUUCUGGGGGAUUACAUGGUGUUGGAAUCUCAGUUGUGAAUGCAUUAUCAAGCUGGUUGGAAUUAACUAUUUGGCGCAAUAAGAAAGAACACUUUAUGCGCUUUGAAGAUGGUGAGUCUAUUGAACCUUUAAAGGUAGUCAACGAAAAUACAAACAAAAGAGGAACUAAAGUCACGUUCAUGCCAUCAACAGAGACUUUUAAUGGCAUUAAUUUCAGUUACUCAACGCUUGAAAGUCGUAUAAGAGAAUUAGCAUUUUUAAAUUCAAAUAUCGACAUUACUUUACGUGAUCUGCGCAAUGAACCAUAUACAGAAUCUCAUUUCAAUCAGAGCAAUCAAUCUAAAGACAAUUUUGGUACAGCGAAUUUUGUGCGGUACUUAGAUAAGAAUAAGACACAUGUAACUAAAAUUGCCAGUAUGAAAGGAGAUGCAGAAGAUCUUGGCAUCAGCUUGGAAAUAUCGAUGGAAUGGAAUGAUUCCUACUAUGAACAUAUGUUAUGCUUCACGAAUAAUAUAAGGCAACGAGAUGGUGGUACGCAUUUGGCAGGA